UCAAUUCUCAUCUACCUCGGCCUAAUUUAUUUGAAACUAUCCCCAUUCCCAUAGAUAGUCCUAUCAAGCUACAGAACCUUUUCCUAUCUUUGAUAAUGGCUGCCAAUGCGCACUCUCUCUCUAGAACACACUUACAAUUCCCCACAUUUUACUCCGAAUUCAGAAGACCCAAGAACAUCACCAAUUGUAUUUCAUUUCCAUUCAGUUCUUUUUCCUCUUUGACUUCACAAAAUUCAAUUUUAGCUACAUUUAGUCCUUUUCUUCUUUACCCUUCUUCAAAAUUAACUCAUUUAUCCUCAUUUUCUACCAAAUCACUCCCUGUUUCUGCCAUUGUUGCAUUCAGCCUCCCAACUGCGAGUCCAGAGAGGGUUUCCGGUGAUAAAGUUCCCAAGUGGUCAUGGAGGGCUAUAAAAUCUUUUGCUAUGGGUGAAUUGGAAGCUAGGAAGCUCAAAUACCCCACAACUGGGACUGAAGCUUUACUUAUGGGUAUACUUAUAGAAGGAACUGGUGUUGCUUCAAGGUUUUUAAGGGAAAAUGGAAUUACGCUCACCAAGGUCCGAGAGGAAAGUAUAAGAUUACUGGGAAAAGGUGAUUUGUACUUCUUCAGUCCAGAGCAUCCACCCCUGACUGAUUCUGCUCAAAAAGCACUUGAUUGGGCUUUGGACCAGAAGCUGAGAUCUGGUGUUAAUGGAGAAAUUAUGACAAUUGAUAUACUUCUUGGCAUAUGGUCAGAAGAGGAAUCGGCUGGUCAUAAGAUAUUAGCUGCCCUUGGCUUUGAUGAUGAGAAAGCGGAAAAGCUGAAGUCUUUAGGUUCUAAGCCCAACUAUGAUGAAAGGUGAGAACUGGUUAAAGAGAACGGGAUAAUGGAAUGUUGUAUAUAAUCCGGUCUAUUCUUGAUUUGAACACCAUAGCAAAACCAAGCUAGUUGAUGCCCCUGCCGAGGCCUAACUUUACUUUGAAACCCUAUACGCUCCCCAUGGGUGAAGCCCACAAGUAGAACCCACCAAGAAUUGCGUACGUACCAAGCCAUGGCCUUGCCAUUUCUCGUACGAUUGCUCCGGAAAUUUUCAAUGGAACGUUUGCUUUUGGCCUGUUUGCCCCAAGCUCGUUGGAAAUGCUGGUAGAUGCAGAAAUGUAGAGGCAUGCAUAACCAAGAAGAGCAAUAAGUGAAAGUUAUAAAACCAAUAUGGUAUGACACCUACUGUAGUUAUUAAAAAACCAAUUUAGAUGGUUAAUACAUCUACUCGUGCUUUCUAAACUGUUUUAUUCACUUUUUACAUGAAUGGUUAUAACACAUACUCUAGUACUCAAAAAUUUAACUUUCAAAACAUUUAUUUAUGCUUUUUAAAAGCCAAUCAUUUGUUGUUUUGAUGAAACUCUUG